GUUUUGGGUGCUGCUUCGAAGGGACUGGUUCGGUUGUGCCUUCUUUUCAUAUUUUUGGAAGUUUCUUGUAAAGCUUCUUGUCUUCAAAUCAACACUAGUCUUUGCAUUGUUCAGCAACAAAAUCAAAUUUUGGAAACAAAUUUAUGUAGGCGUUAAUACCAAGGUAAAAAAACUCUUUGUAUAGCCAAAUUAAGAUAAAAAAAAACUGCAGCGAAGUGUGUGGGGGUUGGCAGCAAAGAAAGAAUUUAUUAUCAUUUAGCUAUAAAAUUCUUCCUCCUCACGAGAAACAAGCAAGAAAAACAUUCGCUCCAUAAGAACAACCUUCACAGUUUUCUUUUUUAUCUCUUGCUUUUCUCUCAUGGAGUACAAUCAAUCUUCAGAAAUGCAAGAACCCAGUAUAGACACUGACAAACUCAGCUACGAAAUCUUUUCAAUUCUUGAAAGCAAGUUUCUCUUCGGAUAUGAUGAUCAGAAACUCUGGAUUCCUAAACAGGUCUCUCCUGAAACAAUUGAAGCAAAACCCGAGUCACAGAAUCCCUUGGUUCUUACAGAAAACAACAGCAACGGGCUGUCUGCGAUCAAGAAUCAAAGAGGCAAAAUCUGCAUAUUGUCUAUUGAUGGUGGUAGCAGUCUAAAAGGGAUUAUUUCAGGGAAAGCAUUGGCUUAUCUUGAAAACGCGUUGAAAGUGAAAUCAGGCAAUCGUGACGCCAGGAUUGCUGAUUAUUUUGAUGUUGCAGCCGGAACUGGAAUUGGUGGAAUCUUCACGGCUAUGCUUUUCGGCACCAAAGAUCAUAGCCAUCCGAUUAUGAAAGCCGAAGAGACUUGGAAGUUCUUAGCUGACCAGGGCAAGAGAUUUUACACUCACGGAAAUGGUGGGUUUUUCAAGCGGUUUUUCAGAGGUGGCGCAACCGGUUCAACAGCUGCUACAGCCGGUUUAGAGAAGGCCAUGAAGGAGACUUUUAGUGAUAAGGGCCGGAAUUUGACUUUGAAAGAUACUUUAAAGCCGGUUUUGAUUCCUUGCUAUGAUCUUUCCAGCACGGCGCCGUUUUUGUUUUCAAGAGCGGAUGCAUUGGAAACGGAUAGUUUUGAUUUCCGGCUUUGGGAGGUUUGUCGGGCUACAUCUGCUGAACCGGGUUUGUUUGACCCGGUUUUAAUGGGGUCCAUUGAUGGUCAGACCAGGUGUUUGGCAGUUGAUGGUGGUUUAGCCAUGAGUAACCCGGCCGCAGCAGCUAUUACUCACGUGCUGCAUAACAAGCAGGAAUUUCCUUUUGUUAGAGGAGUUGAGGAUUUGUUGGUGUUGUCCUUAGGGACUGGUCAGAUUCUUGAGGUUAGUUAUGAAUAUGAGCAGGUUAAGAAUUGGAGGGCCAAGCAGUGGGCUCGACCGAUGGCUCGAAUCUCAGGUGAUGGUUCGGCUGAUUCAGUGGACCAGGCAGUGGCCAUGGCAUUUGGUCAGUGUAGGAGCAGUAACUACGUAAGAAUUCAGGCAAAUGGGUCCAAUCUAGGAAGAUGUGGACCUAAUGUGGACACAGACCCUAGUCCUAACAAUGUAAAGAUGCUGAUUGGAAUAGCAGAGGAAAUGUUGAAGCAGAAAAAUGUAGAAUCUGUGCUGUUUGGUGGCAAGAGGAUCGGGGAGCAAAGCAAUUUUGAGAAACUUGAUUGGUUUGCUGAACAGCUUGUGUUAGAGCAUCAGAGGAGGAGCUGCAGAAUUGCUCCCACUGUUGCUUUCAAGCAAGCUGCGACCAAAACAACCUAGACUAUUCUCAACAGUGUCAAGAACCAAAAUCAAACAAAAAAGGAAAGGCGGAAAAUAUAUUUAAGGAACAAAAAGGAAAGGGAAGGAAGAGGGAAAAGGUAAAUAUAGCAGCUUUUACUCUUGAAAGUCACGAAGAUAGCAAGAGAAGAAGAGGAGGUGGGGGGAUUGAGUGAAAAAGGACAAGAAGAAGAACAUAGAGAGAGGGUAGAAGAUCUUAGUGGGAUACUUUGCCUGCCAGGUGAUGGACAUGGUGGUGUCCACUCCACCUUUCUACCGUGGCAAGGAACCGAGAAAGAAGAGAAACAAAGAAGAGAAAGCAAGAAUCAGUUAAGCUUUUGAAGGUCAAACCAAGUAUCAGGUGUGAAUCUUUUACUGUCAAUUCAGAUUUUUGGGUGGGAAGACUCUGUUUGUAGAUUUCCUUUAUUUAUUUAUUUUAAUUUAUUUAUUUUCUCAAUCAGACUCAACUCUCAAGAAACUUGAGCGUGGGGUGCAUGGUGGGCUACCUGCACUGAACCCCUGAUAUAUAGCCGAGUCCCUCUUCUUUUUUUUAUUACUACAAGCUAAAGUUCUUUACUGAGCUUUGGUUCCUUUUCAGCUUUUUUUUCUUCUUCUUUUUUUUCAAAUAGAUUGUAGCGGUGAAGAAUAGAUUUGAGAGUGACCAGUAGUUCUCCCCAAACCAACCACAUCUCCUGUACAUGGAGAAAUGUAAAAAAAGUUUAUAUUUCAUGUGUGGAUGACAGAAUAGUAGUUUUUGCAA